AUGUCAGUCGAAGAAUUCGUUAGGCGAGUCGAUGCCAAGCGGCUCGUCUCCGGAAUUGCUUUGCUGUUUAUUCUGGCACUCUACUCUCCUGUGAUGGUACUGGUGCUCUCACCAGUCUACGGUUCCCUGCCAUCCCAUCUCUUCCACAACUAUGGUGUCACCAUCUUCGCCGGCGCCGGCUGGUUCUUGAAAGAUCAGAUCCAAAGACGCAUCGGUCGUCUUGCCGCCAUCCUUCUUCCAGUUCUGGCUUUCUGGACCCCUACCAUCCAGUACUUCGUCAUGCAGCAGAGUUCCAAGCUCGGAAACCCGGCUGGUCCAGUCAUCACUGAGCUAUUCGGUUACUAUCCGCUUGUCAUGCUUACCGUUGCUGUCGCCGGUAAGCAGAUUCAAUACUCCUUGCACCUUGAGUCGCAGGGUGACCUCGUUGUCGAGCAUGUUCCCCUUCUCGGCUCUUACGCUCUUUACUCCUUUGGCGAGCACGUUGCCCGAGCAAUUUUGGCUCAUGGGAUUGGCUUCACCAUUGUCUUCUCUCGUGCUGGCUUGCAAUUCCUCAUUGCCCUGAUGUACGCGGCUGUAAUCCCGUCCAAGAUGCUCCUCCUGGCCAUCCCCUCUCUGCUAUUCACGGUGACCUCUGAUGUCCACUUGGGAGGCAUCGGUGGCGUGAACUCGGUCCUUCAGAAGGAGGGAUACUCUCUUCUGGCGCGCCAGGAGUCCUAUACUGGAUAUCUCUCGGUUCUUGAGAACCAGCAAGAUGGCUUCCGGGUGAUGCGAUGUGAUCACAGUUUGCUUGGUGGACAGUGGACUAAGGCUUCACCGGGCUAUCGGCCCGAGGUCGAAGACCCCAUCUACGCGGUCUUUGCUAUGCUCGAGGCUGUCCGACUGGUUGAGCCCGAACAUGGUGGUUCUCGUGUUGAUGCUGGGAGUAAGGCGUUGGUAAUUGGCCUUGGUAUUGGUACCACACCAGCUGCAUUUAUGAAGCAUGGAAUCGACACGACCGUCGUUGAAAUUGACCCCGUGGUGCACAAGUUUGCAACCCAGUACUUCAAUCUCCCCUCAAACCACGUCGCUGCCAUCGAAGACGCAACCAAGUUCGUCAAGCGUGCGCUGAAAAGCCCAUCUCCCCAGUACGACUAUAUUAUCCACGAUGUCUUCACUGGUGGCGCUGAGCCCGCGGAACUCUUCACUUAUGAGUUCCUGAAGGACCUUAGCUCCCUGCUCAGGGACGAUGGUGUCAUUGCUAUUAACUAUGCUGGAGAUCUCAAGCUCUAUCCCACCGGUCUCAUUGCUCGUACCAUCCAAGCUGUCUUCCCGUCGUGCCGUAUCUUCCGUGAACAACCGGCCAACAAGGAUGAUGAAACCCAAGACUUCACCAACAUGGUCUUCUUCUGCAAGAAGAGCUCGAACACCCCUGUCCAGUUCCGGGACCCUGUCCCUUCAGACUACCUUCGCAGCAAGUCUCGUGAGAACUACCUAGUUCCCAAGUACGAGAUUGAUCCAGCCGUCUUUGCAACUAUUCCCAAUAAAGGAAGACCUGUGCUUAUUGAGAAGCAAGUCGGACGCCUGCACAAGUUCCAGGACCGAGGAGCCCUGGAGCACUGGGAGAUUAUGAGGAAGGUUAUCCCUGCUGCCGUGUGGGAGAACUGGUAG